AUGGUGACUGGUGUGAGUCUAGUCGAGUCGGUGUUCAAUUUCGUCGGCAAACUGCUCGGCCCCAAAGGCAACUCUCUCAAACGGCUACAGGAGGAGACGCUCACACGAAUGGCUAUUCUGGGCCGCGGCUCCAUGAGAGACAAAGUCAAGGAGGAGGAACUGAGGAAGUCGAACCACCCUCGCGCCGCUCACCUGCAAGAGGAGCUGCACGUGGAGAUUGUGGCGUUCGCGCCGCCGGCGGAGGCGUACGCAAGGAUGGCAUACGCCCUGACGCAAGUGCGGCGCUAUCUGAUACCAGACAACAAUGACCAGAUCCGCCAGGAGCAGAUGCAGGAGAUGAAGCGACUGGGGCUGAAGGAGGACCGAGCUGAGGUGCGGCCGCCGCCGCCCGGUCUGGAGGCGCGCGAGACGACCGGACUCGAGCCGGAGGAGACGGUGUCCGGCGCCUCCCCAGGACAGGAGAGCUGCGCAGCCCCCGCUGAGGACGACUCCAAGGGUUCGGACGAAUUUGACGGCGCGCUGUUGCCGCGGGCGCUGGCGCCGUUCGCGGGAACGCCUCCGCAGCGGCACCGGGUGCUCAAUAUCCUGGACCGAGCUCGGCUCAUCUCCGAGGGCGCGCGCAUCGCCAAGGGCGUCGACAGCAGAAGCUUCGCUGUGGAAAGUUCCUACGAUCUUCCAGAUGCGUUCAUAAGCCCUGAAGGACGGAGCACCAUCCAGUGGCUGGGCAUCGGCGGCCCGAUGGAGCGGCGUCGGUUUCGCCACGCGCCGUACAUCAUCCCCAAGUAGCCGCGUGGUCCUGUCCCUGACCCGGUCACAUGACACGGGUCAGGCCGGCGCACGGCCGGGCUGAGCGAGCUGCGGGGCCGGCAAGAGAGACGCUAUCGGCGACCGAACUGUGAGACGAGUCGCCGGCGAGCGUGCGAGCUCAGUGUAGGCCUAGAUGUUUUCUAUGCGG